UAAAAACAGGAUAAUUUUACUCCAUUUUAGAUUUAUGGCAAUUAGAAUUGCAAAACACAUUGGAAAGCAAAUCAAUGCAUUAAUAUUGAAAACAUAAUUCCAUUCAAUUCAAAAAAGCAAGGCAUAUUUUGUCUCUUAAUAAGCAAUCGCAGGAAACAAGUAUCGAUCCAUCUUUAUUAGUAUUAGUGCUUAUAUAGAAGAAAAUCUAAUUAUUGAUAUAAAAGCCAAAAAAAAACAAAAAAACAAAUGGACUUGAGAAUCAACACAAAACAUAAUCGAUAUCCAUACUGUAUUGUUUGGACACCAAUACCAAUGUUAACAUGGCUUUUUCCAUUCAUUGGCCACAUGGGUAUUGCUUAUUCCUCUGGUAUAAUUAGAGACUUUUCAGGAUCAUAUUAUGUUUCGGAAGAUGAUUUUGGCUUUGGAAAUCCAACUAAAUAUAUACAGUUUAAUCCAUCAAAUGUGACUGAGAACAAUUGGGAUCAAGCAAUAUCAUCUGCAUCAGAAGAAUAUAAACAUCGUAUGCAUAAUCUAUGUUGUGAUAAUUGUCACUCUCAUGUUGCUAUGGCGUUAAACUUGAUGGGAUAUAAUGGAAAAACAUCAUGGAAUAUGGUUAAUCUUGCUAUACAAAUGUUUGUAUUUGGAAAAUUUACUUCUGUUUGUGGUUUUUUAAAAUCUUGGUUGCCAUUUUUAAUCAUGCUUUUAAUAAUAAUAACUGUUACGACAACUUACAAGUAUUCAUAAAAAAUACGAAAAGUUUAAUGUUUACUUGUUAAUAAUUUUA